UUUCUCCAAUUGAACCAAAGACCUAAGAGAGUGUCCAUCUUGCAAUCAUCUGAACUCUAAGUGUCAACAAGAAGACAAAUCGUCCCGCCAGUUCACAUACCAACAGCCAAGAUGUCACUCUCUGACUGCCAAAUCUGCGGCGAGACUCUCUUUUCGCCAUACGACCUUACAAGCGAUCCUUCUCAACACUUCUGCAUUGAGUUGAAUGGGCCCGCAAUCAUCCACGCAGGUGUUGUUGAAGAUGAGGUUAGUGCAGACUACUCGCGUCUACUCCUGCGUGAGCUUGCUAACUCCAGUCCAGGUUGUCUCGAAUUCGGAAGAUUCCGGAUCAGAGGCCGAAGACGCCGUGUUUGCGAAAGCCAUGCCUACCGUAGCCAUGGCCGUGCCGAGGGGCCAACGCAUCCGUCGCGAGGUGGCUAUGCCUGGGGGUGAGAAGGUCAUGGUGGAGGUUAGUGUACUGUCGAAAUAGAGCCGACAAGCUUUGACGCAA